CUUCCGGUAUCUGUGAACACCAUGACCAUUAACCACUCAACCAGCAGCAGCCUUGAAAACACAGGCUCCAAAACCACCACCAGACCCCAACCACACCUCAUCGUCUAACGCUUAAGCUGAGUGAAGGGGUAUUUUCAGAGAGCAACUAUAGAAUGUGACUUCCUUUUCAACUAACAUACAGGAAAAAUUAAAUAGAACAGCAGCCCUCAAAAGUAAGUCUCUUGUCUUCUCUCUAUCUUCUCUGUGUGUUUUGGUUAGUCAACUGCUAGCUAUCAGUGCCAGUGAUAAGAACAUACAGCCAGAGAAAACAGUCAACGCCUUACAGAGAUGUCUGCUGGUCCCUUCUUCUCCAAACACGGAAUACUACUUCUUCUAGGCUCCAUCUUCCAAUAUGGUGUAGGUGCUCCUCUGAUCAUCAACAAGAGAGUGGGGGACUCCGUGGAGCUGCUGGCAGGCUUAGAGACGGGACAUUUCAAAUCCUUGGAGUGGAAGUAUAUGGGAAAGGAUAUUGCAGAAUUCUAUUCAGAUGUUGUAUAUUCACCUGCCUCCCAGUUUGAGGGGAGACUAAAGAUGAACACCCAAAACUACAGUUUAACAGUCAGAGAACUGACACUGCAAGACUCAGGGGAUUUUCUACUUACAGGCGAAGGGGACAAAGGUCAGAUUGACAGUAAGACCAUCACUCUGAAGGUCCACGAGCCUAUAUCCAAGGUGGCGAUCCAGACAGACAUCAAGCUCUUGGCCAACCACUCCUGUACGGUGCUGCUGGUGUGCAACGUGUACUCCUACCCCAACAUUACCUACACCUGGGAGAUAGACAAUGAGAUCUACGGGGAUGGCCAGCAGAUUCACUUCUCUCUCUCACCAGCAGAGAGAGACAUCAGUGUAAAGUGCAACGCCUCCAACCUAGUCAGUUGGAAAACUGCCUCUGCGACAGUAAAGUGUAGAAAUGACACAAACACCCCAGGACUGGCGUGGUAUACCAUCUACAUCGGAAUAUCAGUAGGAGGCACUGUGGUGCUGAUCCUCACUGUAGCUGUGGCAGUGUGCUACUGCAGGGGCCGAAGUAACACAGAAGAUCAAACUGAUAACGCAAUAUAUGCUGAUAUUAUGGACAACACAAGUAGAGAUACAAGAUCAAACAGUCAUGUAAACCCCAUAUCCAUCUAUGAAACUGUCAAUGAUCUGGUUUCCCAAGAUUGAACAAGCCGCAGACUCUGUAUGACAAGAUUACAUUUGGACUUCCAGAAGGCCCCCAAUCUCCCUACCAGGAAGUACUGUGAGCUGAACAGGAUGUGGUCAUAGGUUGGGCCUUCCAUAGAUAUGUAACCCUCUGCAUCCUCUGCAACUUACACGUGUAUAUUCUGUAGAUAGGCCUAGAUGUUACUGUUAAAUUCCAUCACAACCUACACUAUUUGCUUCUAUGUCCUUCUCCCUUUGAUGAUUCUCAUAUAUACAGUAUAUCAUAAGGCCUUAUAUGUUCCUUUGAAGGCCUAGAUACAAUUAGAAGAUUCGGAAAUGUGUAAUAGGCAGUAGAAGGCGUGGUGAUCAGACAAGCUCAUGUCGAAUUUCUAUUUUCUAGAUUAAAGACAAUUGUUUUAGAUACUAGUAGGACAUUGAUUAGUGAGGUUGAUAUAUGCCUGUGUACUCUUUUGCGUUAUUAUAAUGUGCUCGCCAGGCAUCAAUGAGGUUGUAAUCAGAGAGUAUAUGCUCUAGAGCCUUGGUUGCGUGUUGAUUGUAGAUGGUCUUAUUUGAUUUGACAGCAUUUCCAAAAUGGCAUUCAUGUCUGUCCCAAUUACCAGAUGUAAUUCAGUUCAUUCUAAAAACAAAUAUGCUGUUCAGAGAAAAACAAAUAAUUAUACCUUAUUUGCAUGCCUUGCGUGCCUUGCAUUUAGAGUGAAUUGUAAUUAACUCUCAUGACUGUAUUUGCUAGCGACAGAGGCAUUAUUGUUGUAUUGAAUGGUUUUCAGUACUGUAGCCUUCACCAAGUGAUUGUCUAAGUGGAUAUGUUAUCUUUAAAAUUAAACUCAUUAUGACAACACAUUACAUAUAUCAUAAAGCCCCUGAGGGCCUAGUUACACCCUAACACACUGGUCUGAAGCUCCUGAAUUAGUCAAAUUAUGCCGGCUUGCAAAGGGAUGUGUCAUUUCUGUUGGAAUCCAGCCAAAGUUAGGAUAUCCAACCAUUUAAACUUUCAGUCACACGCAACCUGCAUUCAGAAUGACUGUUGGGGUAGGGAUGAUUGAUUAUUGAGAAUUUCUAAAUCAUAUAAACUGGAACAAACAUAUCAGUAAUCGGUGAAAUAAGUCCAACUACUAACAGAUUGGAUUAGUUUAGACAAAUCUAUGUUAUCUAUGUUUGUGUAGCAUAAGAUUAAUCAACCAGUCAUAGUACAUGAAAAUACACAGGUAUUGAAACAAAACAUUCUGAAAAUCAACCAGUGAAGAGAUAAUGCUGGAUUAAUGAUAAUGAUGAUGAUUGGUGUCGUUUUGAGUUGUUUUGAGCAAACAUUAAUUUUCUAUUUUACUCAACAAGCUUGUUCAAACACAACUGACUUCAAGCAGAGUUUGUUGAUUAAAGACUCUAAACACAUUGGCUCAAAUUCUAGUCAUUUUUAAGUCCACUCAACUUACAUAAAAAUGCUAAUUAAGCAAUUGGUUAAGUUUGACUUUUUCCAGUGCAAAGUGUAUGAAAUUAAAAGCCUGAGGAACUUCCCAUUAGGUCACUUGUUUGUCAUAGUUGAGGGGACAUGGUUUGCUCUCUUCGUCUUUAGCAGAGUGGGUUUGUGAAGGAAGGCACUGUGUGAAGCUGUCUUUUCCCGCUGUGAUCAGAGAGUCAAAUAGAGAAAUGUUUGUAAUCACAUGCAAACACCUGUGAAAACCUAGUUGCUUUGCUGAUGAGUACACAUGAAAAGUUGUGCAGAAAUGUAUGUCUUUUUCAGAGAGAAUAAUGACAAUGUUCUUGCAUCAAACAUUUUCUGUAGUUCACUUGUUAAUUUCUCUCUUUUACAUUCAAUCUAUCACUGUGAUCACUACUUUCCUGGGUUAUUACUUUGAACAGUUGACAGACUGUAACUCAAGAACAUCUACAUGCAGUUGACCUCCAAAUAGCUACAACAUAAACCAAAUGAUAAACAUGCCAUGACGUCAAACCUUUGACACCUCUCUUAGUGACAUUAAAGAUUGUACUGAAAAUGUCAACAUGACCAGGUAUAAUAAAUGCAAUAUUGACUUCACGUUUUGUACAACUAUGUCUUAUCCACUAAGUUUCUUUCUCUGAUAUAUACUAUAGUUUUCUCUUCCUCCCACAGAAAGACCACAGUGUUGAUGUGUCCAUUUACUUUUACAGUAAGAGGAAGUUGUGUAGAGAUGAACAUGACAUCAGAUGCUAUUUUUUCUGUUUCUCUUCAUGCAUCUGUACCUUUCUAAUUCUGUCAAAGCCCCAUUCGUAUCACAGACACAGGAACUGUCGGGGUCCGGAGGACUUGCCAGAGGCUUAGAAUGGAGUACACUUUAUGUGCAACUCUGCGAUGAUGAUGAUUCAUGCAUUUCUCUGUAUUUUGAAUAUUGUUUGCUAACUAUUCACUUUAUUGGACGAGAAAAUGUUUCAUUCAUAGAAUAUGAAGUAUGUCAUAUAUGCACAAUAAAUGUGGCA